GUGAGGGAUUCUGCUCAAUUUUUUUCAUAUCUUCGUACAGACAUGCUUGACUGUGGUACAUUCCCCUCUCCAAAUUCAGAAAAUAUUAUUGCUGGGUUAAGGUCACAGGGUCCAGCUCCCAGCGUCACCGUUUUAUCAGAUGCCCCAAAAUGCAAUCAAUGCUCUCUGAGUAUAUAUGACGCUACUCUGGUGUCACACAGUGAGAAGUUUUGGCACAAAUCCUGUUUUCGCUGCAUGUUGUGUCAAAAAGAACUGGGUGAUGCAUGCUUCUCUAAUGGAAAAGAAUUUUACUGUGAACAUGAUUUCAAUAGAUUAUACCGAUCACAGUGUGCAGGGUGUUCAAAUAACCUCUCCCCGUCUGAAAUCGUGAGGCGGAUCUUUGGAAGCCUGUACCACGAAUCAUGCUUUAAGUGCACACUGUGUGACCGCCCCUUACACACAGGCGACAGGGUAUACCUUAGGGACGACAAUAAACUUAUUUGUGAAGAGGACUACGUAAAUCUACACGGACAAGAGGGAAGAGAUAGUCCAUUACAUCCGGAAAACACACGAAAUCUUGAUUUAUCUCUUGUAAGUAAGGAACACGCGGAAGUGCUGAGCAGAAUCUAUAUCAAUAACCCAAGACCAUCUCUUACGACAUGCCAGGAAGUCAGCCGGGAAAUAGGACUCAAAACCGGAACUGUCCAGGCUUGGUUCCGAGAAAAACGAUGUAGAGACAAGAACUUCAUGAUAUUGAAUGAAACACCUAACCAAAACCCAGGACGAGAUUUUUUUAGUUGGUUGGGAAAUGCCCUGUCUCCGAACUGUAUUCCUCCAAAUAUAGAGCUCACACCAGACGUCAUACGUAAUGGGGAAGUAUAUCUCCCGCGCCUUUCGAGGGGUGGACCCCAAAUAGGAUCUACAUAUUUCCCGUGUUCUCCCGAUCAACAAUGGAUUCGGUGCAAUUCUUCGUAAAUUCAUUAUGAAAGUGUAAAAAGUGGACAUGUAUA